UAAGAUUUCCCCCACGCCGCUCUUCUUUAACGUUCGCCGUCUCAGCCUUCUCAGGUGGUGGUGAUCAAUGGCAGCUGCUUUGUUAAGGUCGUCCUUCCUAGCCCCUCACCCCCAUCCCCAACCAAAACCUCACAAACCCUCCGCCGCACGUUUCUUCACUCCCAUAAAAGCUGCUGCUAGUUCCGACGAACUCUCUGCCAUCCAAGCCCAGAAAACCCGGCGCCCCGCCGACAUCCGCGAAGAGGCGAAACGGAACUGCUCAUCCCACGGCUUUUCCGCCCGCUACGUGCCCUUCAACGCCGACCCGGACUCCAAUGAGUCUUAUUCCCUCGACGAAAUCGUCUACCGCAGCCGUUCCGGCGGAUUACUCGAUGUACAGCACGAUAUGGAUGCUCUGAAGAAGUUCGACGGGCAAUACUGGCGCUCGCUUUUCGAUUCUCGCGUCGGAAAGACGACGUGGCCGUACGGCUCCGGCGUCUGGUCUAAGAAGGAGUGGGUCCUGCCCGAAAUCGACGGCGAUGAUAUAGUGAGCGCUUUCGAGGGGAAUUCCAACCUUUUCUGGGCAGAGCGUUACGGGAAAUUGUUUUUGGGGAUGAAUGAUUUGUGGGUCAAACACUGCGGCAUUAGCCAUACUGGAAGCUUCAAAGAUCUGGGCAUGACGGUUUUGGUGAGUCAGGUUAACCGGCUGAGGAAGAUGAAGAAACCGGUGGUAGGGGUGGGGUGUGCUUCAACAGGGGACACCUCCGCUGCCCUAUCUGCUUACUGUGCGUCCGCGGGUAUCCCAUCAAUCGUCUUCCUGCCCGCGAAUCGGAUAUCCGUGGCCCAAUUGGUUCAGCCCAUCACAAACGGGGCAUUCGUGUUGAGCAUAGACACCGAUUUCGAUGGUUGUAUGCAGUUGAUUCGCGAAGUCACUUCAGAAUUGCCCAUUUACUUGGCCAAUUCUCUGAACAGUCUGAGAUUAGAGGGUCAAAAGACGGCCGCCAUUGAAAUUCUGCAGCAAUUUGACUGGGAGGUUCCAGAUUGGGUGAUAAUUCCGGGCGGAAACCUCGGGAAUAUCUAUGCAUUUUACAAGGGGUUUCACAUGUGCAAAGAAUUAGGGCUUGUGGAUAGAAUUCCUAGGCUUGUUUGUGCUCAAGCAGCUAAUGCCAAUCCUCUCUACCUCUAUUACAAAUCAGGUUGGAAGGACUUCAAAGCUGUUACGGCAGGUUCGACUUUUGCAUCUGCCAUUCAGAUUGGUGACCCUGUAUCUAUUGAUAGGGCGGUUUUCGCGCUAAAAAGUUGUAAUGGCAUUGUGGAAGAGGCGACGGAGGAGGAACUGAUGGAUGCCACAGCUCAGGCAGACUCAACGGGGAUGUUCAUAUGCCCUCACACUGGUGUGGCGUUGACUGCAUUGAUCAAGUUGAGGAAGAGCGGGGUUAUUGGGCCCACUGAUAGGACAGUGGUGGUUAAUACAGCUCAUGGCCUGAAGUUUACUCAAUCCAAGAUUGAUUAUCACUCGCAGGCCAUAAAGGACAUGGCUUGCCGUUAUGCAAACCCGCCUGUGAAUGUCAAGGCUGAUUUUGGUUCUGUCAUGGAUGUUCUUAAGACACAUUUGUUGAGCAAAGGCUCCAAGCAGUAAGUCUUUCUUUGAUUCUUGGACAGAAUUUUAAAUGCUGCUCAUGUAUUUGUGCAUGUAGAAUUCGUUUUCUACUAUUUUUUAUACUUUGUUUACUUAUCAUAUACGGAGUAGAAUUUUGUGGAAUAAAUUGUAGUGCCUGGAAUGUUUUCAAAACAUGUUCUGUAGGCUCUGAACAAGUCAUCAUGCUUUGUUCUGUACUUGUGUGCAUCUUCUUCAAUGUGUGACAAUAUCUAAUAUUAGUAUCUUG